AUGGCGUCCUCGUCGCUUUCCUGCUUGCAGCAAGCCUCAGCCUGCACGGCUGCCAGGCUGGCAAACCUUUCCAGCUCCCGUAGCUGCCACGUCAGCAGCCAGCGCCUCUCACUCCCCUCCCUCGCCUGCUCGAGCACCUCCGCAUCCGGCGGCGCGGUGCGCGUGAGCGCGGUGAAGAAGCAGGAGGAGCUGACGGAGAUUCGCGGGAUGGGGACGGCGGAGAUCGAGCAGGCGGUGGUGGACCUCAAGGGAGAGCUCUUCCUGCUGCGCGCCAAGCAGGCCACGCGCCUCGAGUUCAAGCCCAGCGAGUUCGGCCGCAUUCACAAGCGGGGAGUGAGCGGGGGAGGGAGCGGCGGAAGAUGGGCGGAGAGUGGGGAGUGGGGGAUCCGCGGGAUGGGGACGGCGGAGAUCGAGCAGGCGGUGGUGGACCUCAAGGGCGAGCUCUUCCUGCUGCGCUCCAAGCAGGCCACGCGCCUCGAGUUCAAGCCCAGCGAGUUCGGCCGCAUCCACAAGCGGGUGAGAAGCUUCCGGGAACUUUCUGGUGGGGGGAACGCGGGUAAGGAAAAUGGGGAGGGAAGGGGGGACAUGGGGAUGAGAAGGGGGGAAUGGUGGAACGGGGGAGUGGGAACGGGGUGGAAAGUUUGCAGAUGA